AUGGUGGAGUUCAUGGAGAAGGUCUCGGCGGUGGUGGAGAGCGAGGAGCUCACCGUCGAGGAGCAAAACCUUCUCUCCAUGGCAUACAAGAACAAGAUUGGCACGAGGCGAGCAUCGUGGUGCAUCAUCUCCUCGAUCAAGCAGAAGGAGAGUCGCGGCAACGAGGACCAUGUGUCCAUGAUCCGGGACUACAGAUCCAAGAUCAAGUCAGAGCUCUCCAACAUCUGCGACAGAAUCCUCAAGCUCCUUGACACCAAACUCAUCCCCUCUGCCACCAUCGGCGACUCGAAGGUCUUCUACCUCAAGAUGAAGGGUGAGUGA